AUGAUCAACACUGGGGAACUGGGAAACCCUCCAGAUAAGGUCCAAGUGGGGGGAAGUGAAAACAGCGUCCAAUUGGAGGAUGGAACAGCAUCGCCCCAUGUUAAAGAAAAAAACGAAAUGGUUGACAAAGAUAGUCAUGGUGAGGAAGCGGCCGAGCUAGAAAACGAACAGGACACCAAUGAUAAGUGUCUUGAAAAUGAUUCCUCCGAAAGUGCAGAACGGACCGGAAGAAAAAAAAGGAAAAUUCAAAAGGGUAAUUUAAAAAAUUGCCAUGGAGAAAAUGAGGCGAACCGUAAGGGAAUGGAAAAGCCAUCAGGGGAAAAAGAAGAUGACGAAACCCUGUCAAGUGACGACAAAAGCUCUAGCAGUGAUGAAGACCAUGAUGGUUUAUUGCUCACUUCCAAGUUUAAAAAAAAGUUCAGCGAUUUGUUAAUCAAAUUAAAAAGCAAAGAUACGAGCUUUCUGCCCAAGGAGGGCGAUUUUUUUUUCCACGACAGUGAUUUUGAGACAGACGUGUCGGACGACGGGGGGGGCAGCGAAAGGGGAGAAGUUGGUCAAGAUGACGAAGUUGGUCAAGAUGACGAAGUUGGUCAAAAUGACGAUGUUGGACAAAAUGACGAAGUUGGUCAAGUUGGUCAAGUCGGCAAAAGCGCCGCAAAGCGGGGGAGUCUGAACUAUGCAGAAUACUUCAAAGACAUACUAAUGAAGGAUGGGUCACAUGCCAUUGACCAGGAGGAGGAAGAACUUAUCGAGAAGGAAAAAGAAGCGUGUUCUCAAAAAAACAAAAAGAGCUACCUAAACGAGCAGGAGGAAUUAAAAAAGAAAAUUAUAGAGGCAUGCAAAAUUGCAGAGGAACAAAACCAAAAUGAAGGUGACGAUGAGAGUUUCUUCACUAUAAAGGAAAAAACAGAAAAGGAAAUUUUGGAGGAGAAAGCAUAUUAUGAAAACUUCCUAAAGACAUCCAGAAUUGUCAAGGAAGAAGAUGGACUGUUAAAGGAAUACUGGAAUGACAAUUUAAAUAAAGAUGAAGAAUUUUUAAGGGACUACAUUUUGAAAGAACUGUGGAGGGAAGACAAAAUACAUAACGUUUAUGAAGAGAUUGACGAAGUUGAUGAUGAAGAUUUGGACAAAGCUGCCAAGUUUGAAAAGACGUACAAUUUUCGCUAUGAAGAGCAGAAUGGAAAUAUUAUAAAUUCCAACCCGCGCCAUAUAAAGAGCACCGUCAGGAUCGACUUAAGGAAGGAAAAGAGGAGAGAAAAGCGCAGAGAAAAGAGGAAGAGGCAAAGGGAAAAGAAGCGAAACAAGCUCACGGAGGAUUUGAAAAAGGAGGGAAACAAAGGGGGCGUGAAAAAGGAAAGAAACCUCGACCGCAAUAGGCCCAACACUAGAGAGGACACCCCUAACAAUGUCAACAACAACCCUGUUAGCGGCGAGGGAGGGGGAGACGCGGAGGAAAGCGUCACUCAUGAUUUGAAGAAGCAGGUAGUGCCUCUGCAUUGCACACCUCCAAAGGAUUACCUAAAGGGCAAUGCUGCUGAUAGAAGUGCAUCCAAAAUUAACAACCACAAUGACGGUGAGGGGGGGAAGCAUGAAGGUGUGAAGAAUUAUAGCGAAUUGGAAUACCUAGAGAACGACUCGAGUGCUUAUGAAGACCUAAUUGAUGACAUGCCCAUUCGAUUCAAAUAUUUCAAAGUGAAGCCGGAAAGUUUUGAACUCACCACGGAUUAUAUUUUGAAAACGGACGACGAGACAUUGAAUCAGAUUGUCCCCCUACACUAUGUCUCCCCCUACUUCAAGCAAGACAGGAAGACCAAACUUCGAGGCUUUAGCGGGAAAAAAGGCGAUUCCCAGGAAAAAAAGAGAUCGAAAUUUAAAGGGAGGGCUGCGGCACGCAAAGGGCGGGGCGAUUAA